CGGUGGGUGCAGACCAUAAAACUGUUACAACAACCACGCGAUACUGAGAGCAUACUAAUUCGUUAUUCGUCAUAGUCUCCACAAAGAGAGCACAACGCAACAAACGCAGCGCAAACGACAAAGACUUUUCCGAUGCCCACACCACCCAGGAGACAAGCAAUGAAAACAACUCUGGUCCUUGGCUUGCUGGCUCUGUCCUCGAUAGUGCUUUGCGCAGAAACCGUAGCGGGUUCGAAGAGGCAGCAGCAGCGACUCCGGCGGGGAAAGGGACACAGAGCACUCCUCAACGAGAACAAUGACAGAACCGAUAGUGGGACACCGGCAACAAUACCGUCGAAAUCUAUGGCAAGGAGGAGAACAGAGGCGACGACGUCCUUUACCGAAUGGAUCGAAUCGUCCCACACAUUUUUGACCCGCGUCGUGGACGGGUCGAGCUCGGACCAGGCGUCCAUCCGGUAUCCCUGGUUCGCAAGGCUGGGCAACAGCACCGACAGCGGAUACAGCUGCGGCGGCGCACUCAUCGCGAGGGAUCUGCUUCUAACUUCCGCGGGCUGCGGGUAAGUCAAACCGAGUGGUCAAGCGAAUGUGACACAAUAUGACACGAAAUACAGAGACGCAAAGCUUGCUGUGUGGUUUCUUUCUUCGACAUGUUUCGGCAACGAGUCACGACACGGCAUGACACAUAACUGCUUGCAAAACGGACGGAAUGAAACGGCACGAAACCGACCCAAAGCAAAUAUAGUUUUUGUCGAUGUUUGUAUAUAUUUGUCGAUGCAUCUAAUCUAUGCAUGCAUGUUGCGGUGCCGGCUCUGUCGCAUCAAUUCAUUGUCUCAUUUGUGGUGUCUUUGUUUGCUCUUUGUCCUCUCCACCCAUCCAUAUAUCCAUCGUCCAAAACCCGAAACGCACAGAGUUCCCACAGAGGCGUAUAUUGGCUUUGCGGUGCAGAUCGAAUCGGUCGCCAACCAUCCGGAUGGAUACGACCUAAUGAUUGUAAAGGUGAAAGCGUCCACACCGUCGGCUGCCGAUCCCGUCCGUUUGAAUUUCGACGAAAGCUACCCUUCGAUAGAUGGAGAGCCACUAACCGUGCUGGGGUUUGGAAGCUCUCAAAGUGCCGCCAUGGAGCUCGCGAGGAAUCACCUCAAGGCAGCAACCAUCUCGUACGUUCCCCCCAGUGCCUGCAAGGGGAAGGAUGCCGCGGACCACGGGUUUUGCACCACCAGUUUGGAAGGCGGAGAGAGCGAUGCGUGCCUAGGAGUCUCGGGUGGCCCCAUUGCCAAGAGCGGUUUUUUCGCUGCGACUGGAGCCAGCAAAACCACUACUGCAGGUGGCGAUUGGUCGACGGAUGAUUUGCUCUUGGCGGUUGUGUCCGGUGCACCCGGCGAAUGCGGCAACCAAAACAACCACCGUCAGAGUGUAAGUUCCCACAAAGAAUGGAUUGUCGACACGGGAUGCUCUCUGUCGGAUGAUCCACCCCCCGAGUGGAACUGCAGCGAGCAAAAAGAAGCCGGAACGGCACCCCUCGACAACAGCGUGUACUACAGCGGUAGCAGUACCGAGAUGACAGAGCUACCCACGUCUUCACCCCCGAGCCCGUACCCAACCACCGCACCGACCUCGUUUCCUUCCCCCCGGCCGACUCCCAUGCCCACCACCGAGAAGCCGAAUCCCUUCCCGAUCCCUUACCCCACGUAUUACGAGAGAGAACCCGAUACGAACGUUCCUGUUGCGUCCUACUGGGGAGACGACGAGGACGACGACGACGAUUACUACAAAUUCGUGUGCCCAAUUUGCGACAACAAGUACCUGGUUCCGUCCAAUCCAGGGGCGGUUGUCGUAGUCCCCGUGGUGGGGCAGAGAACCUGUCAAGAGCUCUUCGAUGCCUCAUUGGAAGGGAAAAUCGACAAAGGGGGGGAGUGCGAUUCGGUCCUUCUGGUGGCGUCGUUGGUGUGUUCCUGUGGCCCACCCCCGACGCCGAGCCCCACCCCGAGUCCCACCAUCGCGACGCCCAGCCCUACCGCAGAACCGACCACAAACCCCACUCCGAGUCCCACCGAGGAAACGCCGAGCCCCACCCAAAGCCCCACCACCAAACCGCCAACGCGGAGCCCCACUCCGGACCCUUCGUUUUCUCCCACCCCCGCUCCGACCACUCUUCCACCGACGCAAUCCCCCACCCCCGGCCCGACAAAGGCAACUGCAAGCCCUACCCAGGACCCGACCGUCAGCCCGACUCCUUCUCCGACCAAGCGGUCGCUUUCUCCUCCCACGUGCAAGUCUAUCAAAAACGCGAGCCACGGGGAUUACGUCGAUGUCUCGAUCGACUUUGUCUUCCAGGACGGAAGCAGCGCCCGCUCCGUCGGGUGGUUCGUCUCCGAUCCGGGCCACGAGUGCUUCCGGGAGGGGGUGACCCCCGGUGCCUACGUGGUCCCCACUGCAGAAUCCACUGUGCGACUCGUGAGGGGCAUCGACUACGUCUUUGUCCUGAAGGUGGACACCCGCCAAAGCGGUGGCAACGGGGGACCGAUCGGAUCGUAUACCGUCCAAGCUGAAGGCGAGGUGCUGGCGUCAAAUGAUGGCCAUCUCCAAAACAACGAUGCAACAAUAUUCACCACUCCUUUGUGAGGAAACAACGAACAAACGAAAGAGAUGGCUCUUGUAGCCAAGAAUAUGUGUUUGUGUGUGCGUGUUGUGUAAAUUAAAAUUCGUAAUUCAUA